ACACGAGGAGCGCUCUGGAAUUGCGACCAUAAACGUACUGGGAUCGUUGGAGUGUGGUGCGUGCACUAAAGGGACAUGAUAUAAGACUGCCUCGCACUUAGCAACUGGUCCAUCAGAUCCAACUCAUUCCUUCAUCAACUUUAUCAAGCUUUCAACUAUUUUCAACCCCGACACUGUCCAAACAGAUCAAAAAGACUAUCUUACAGACACCAAGAUGCGUUUCUCGAUCAUCGCUUUGCCCGUCCUUGCUGCUGUUGCAGCAGCUCAGAGCUCUGCUCUCUCAUCUAUCCGCAGCGAAAUUUCCUCGGCUUUGGCUUCCGCGUCUGCUUCUGCCUCGCACAGUGCCAGCGCCUCGAAGUCUGCUGAACACAGCGCAUCGAAGUCUGCUGCUUCCGCUUCCGCCUCCGCUACUCGCAACGCUGCCGCUGAUAACUCGGCUGAGCUGAGUGGUCUCGCUGCUGUCGUUUUGGGUGUCGCGGCUUGGGCUUUGUAGAUGUCUGGAGCGCAGUAGGAUGUGUUACACAAUUUAGCAACCGGCUACAUUGGGCUGUGGGGGUUUAUUAUACAUACUAAGCUUGCUUUCUCAUGAGUUGGUCUUGAACUACUAUACAAAUCAACUCGUAAUACUUAAAAACGUCGAGAACUUUCAUCGCAAC